AGGCCUCGGGAUGCUUCCAGCUCCCUUUUAGCCCGUGCAGACAGGAACCUGGGCAGCCAGGCACGGCUUGCUCUGUGUGCCAGGAGCUCACAUUGAUUUUUAUGGGCAAUGGAAGUUUUUAUGGAGCUGCUUUUUUUGCGGAUGGUGGAGGCAUCCGGCAGCCGUCCAGGCUGAAGCCCGUGUGCUCAGCAGGGCCGUGGCUCCCAGCCCCUCUUGCUGAUGAUGGGCUGCAAGCAAAGUGCCCCCAGCUGUGCGGGGAAAGUCUUGCCGUGGGCUGCUGCUGCUUUCUCUUGCCCCAAACGCCCACCCUGGGGCCAGAGCAGAGAGCAGGCAGCCAAGGCUCUCAGUAGCAGGGCUGCUGCUCCCCUGUCCCCGUGUCCUGUUCCCCUGGGCAGGGGAGGCAGCCCCCAGGCAGGGGCUUUCCCUCUGCAAGGAAUGGCCCCGAGGGGUGCAAAGCAAGGGUGCUGGGGUCCAAAGCGCAGCAGCUUUGGGCAUGUGGAGAAGUAACAGUGGCAGGUGGUGUGGCAAGUGGGGGCAGCGAUCUGCCCCGCGUUUCCUCUGUGCUUUAUUUAGUGGUAACUUAUCGCCUCUCUUCCUGAGACCACAGCCUGACAGGAACAGGAUCAGCCUCCGUUUGCCCCGUGCAUGCAAUUCAGGUUACACUGCUGAUGUUAGAACCGGGGCAGGCGGGAUUAAAAGUGUCACGAGCUGCAAAGAAUCAGCUUUCCUGCGAGUAACUGUCCCCGUGCAGCACCCUGCUGGCCCCAGCACCCCUGCAGAGCCAGGCUCCCGCCCCUAAACCUUGCUGCAGGCGCCAGCCCCUGUUCCUGGGACACUCCUGGCCGUGAAGCCCUCCUGUAGCAUCCCUGGGGCUGGGCUGAGAGCCGGGUGAACGCACGAGCUUCUGUCUGCUGGGAGCAGCUCUGUGGUGCCGGAGGAAGCCUCGGUAGCAGAACACGAGGUUUGUCCGUCCUCGCCAUCGCCUUGGCCCUGGAGGUGUCCGUGGGGAAGACCAACACUGUGACGGCUCUGAAUGGCUCCGACGUCCUGCUGCCCUGCACCUUCGCCACCUGCAUCGGCUUCCAGGACCUGGUCUUCACGUGGUAUUUCAACUCGACGGAGAUGAUCUACCACGGCAAGAUAAAGAGCAAAACCACCGAGCCCUUCCUGGUGAGCCGCAACCCCCGGGUGGAGUUCGUCGGCUCGACGACGGGGAAGGACAACAACAUCUCCAUCGUGCUGAAGGACGUGGAGCUCAGCGACGCCGGCAAGUACACCUGCCACGUCAAGAACCCCAGGGAGAAGAACGCGCAGCACAACGCCACCAUCAUCCUCACCGUGGUCCACAAGAUGGAGGAGACGGACAACACCCUGACGCUCAUCAUCGUGGGCGUCGUGGGGGGGGUCUUCGGCCUCCUCAUCCUCUUCAUGCUCGUCAAGAGGGUCAUCCUCUUCAUCAUCAAGAAGGUGCAGGAUGGGAAGAAGGAGUGCCUGGUCAGCUCCUCGGGCAACGACAACACGGAGAACGGCCUGGCGGGCUCCAAGGCGGAACAAAAAGCCCCCCCGAAGGCAUGAAGCAGCGCACGGAGCCCCCGGCCCCCAGCAGGGCAGGGAGCCGGGCUGGGGCUGGGGGGGAGAAGCCUCUCCCGUUCGUUUCCUUUCCGAACUGCCGACGCUCGAGACACGUUUCUGUUACACACGUGCCUGCAACCUGCACUGCUUCUGGGACACGGCUUCGGCGGGGACGGGGGCAUCCUGCAGAUGGGGACAGCGUUGGGAUGAGGCAGCCCCCUGCCCUGCCCUGCCCUGUGCCCAGGAAAGUGGGGCUGGGUGUUUGGGGAGCCCGCGGUGGGUGCUGUGUGGGCCGUGCACCCCUGGGUGCAGGGCAGGGGGUGGCCGGGGGUCCCGGCGUGCCCGGGGGUCGGGGGUGUGAUGAGAUGGGGGUGUCUCGCUUGGGUCUGAUGCUGAGCUUUGUGUGGGUGGUUUUGGGAGCAGGGUGAGGGUGCACGAAACUCGCCGUGGGGAUGGAGGUGCUGCGGAGGGUCUGGCACGUGGGGCAGAGCCAGGGGGAGCGGGGCUGUGGGAUCGGCUCGGCUUCAGCUCCUCGGCUGGCGCCCCACGAGGGGUCCCCUCCCCGGGCUGGUGUCGGUUCUGCCCUUCCUCACCCCCCCCUCCUGAAGCAGGGAUACUUCCAGUGCCGAGGCUUGACUCAUUAGGCAGAUAUUUUUAUAUCAGAUUCCCCUGGGAAAAGGGCUGGCUGCAUUUCCCUCUCCUGGAGGAAAUCUGUGGCACGGUCGGGCCCUGGCGGUGGAGCUCCUGGUCCUGCCACGGGCUGGUGGGGUGACCCUGGGGCCUCGCCAUGCCUCAGUUUCCCCGUCUGUAAAAGGGGAUAAGAGCAGGGCUCACUGCGGGGCUUCCUUGGCUGACAGCUGAGAGGUGCUCAGGGAGCUGGGGGUCCUCAUGGGGGGUGCCUGGAGCAGCAGCGUUAGGGGACUGGGUGCCUGCUGUUGUGCUGGCCCCGUGCAGGGGACCCCAAAAAGCCUCCCUGGGCUCUUGAGGAAAGGAGAAGUGUAACACAAAACCAGCCUUCAUCCCAAGGGCUGCAGGCAUGGAACACCGAGGGGACGAGUUAACCAGUUCAGGUUGUCCUUUAGGGCGCGAUUUGUUCCCUGCCACUUUCCCCUCCACCCGCCGGGGCAGCGUGGGGCUGUUCCCAGCCCCUUCCCUGCAGCACGAGGGGAGCAGUGCGAGGAUUUGGGGGCAGAGCAGAGGAGGACAGCUGGGGGCUGCCCUACCCAAGGGACACGUGGGGACAGUGGCCUGGGGCAGGUUUCCUCGGCUGCUGGCUCCCAGUCCCCCCCUGCUCCUCGGGACCCCCAGGCGAUCCACUGGUUGCUGUUCUUCAGUCUUCCCACCUGUGAAAUGGGCGCAGCAAGCCCCAUUUCCCUCCCGGGGGGUGCGAGGCUCCCCGUGCUGCUUUGCCACGUGCUCCGAGACCCCAGGGCGCAGGGCAGGGUGCUGCCGAGGGCUGUGGGGUGCCCUGGCCACGCAUGAGAGCUUGGGAGGAAGCCUGAGACCUCCCCGCUGCCCCCCCUGAGCCCCCAGCCCACCCUCGCAGAAAGGGGAGAGGAUGGUGAGGGCAGGAAGGGAUUUUUUUUUUUUUUUAAAGAACUGUUUUUAGCUGUCCUAACCCGUCAGCCUUUUUGGGACGGGGCCUGGCUGCAGCGCCGCGUAGCGCGGGCUCUGCAUGGAUCGCAACCCUGGCUUGGUGGACGGCACCAGCAUCACCAGUUUGGGAAACGCAGCUCUGUCCAUGCACGUGUGUGUGUGGGUGCUGGGCUCGGGGGGGCCAGAGGGGCUCAGGCCAGCUCUGCUGGGGCUCCCCUCAGCCACGGGGGCUGUGCCAGGGCGAAGGCACGGCCGGGGGGUGAGCUGUGAUGGCCACAUCCGUGUGUAAGCAUAUAUAACACAUGUAGGGAUCCCUGCAAACCCACGCAGGGCGUGCACCACACGCUCUGCGACGACUUCUGAGGCAUUUUGCACCGUAGGGGGUUAGUUAGCUUUGCCUUGAGUGAAAUAAAGUUUGAGUUGACCGGGAA